UCUAACAGCCAUUUAGAUCCAGUCAGUGUACUGUCUGUCUGUCUGUUGGUGUUUCCCAGUCUGUGUGUCUGUAAACAGGAAUAACGCUGAUCUGGGAACUCCUGGAAUAUCGCAUCCUGUCAUGGAAUACCGGGGAUCCGCUUUGUUUUUCGUCCGGGCCUGAAAACGGACUCAGAUGUCGGUGUUUCCCGCUGUUUUCCAGUUUUCUCGGGGAUGUGACCGUGUGAUGGCUGCGCUCCAGUGAACUGGGAGCACGUUGACUGCUCUGCCCGUUCAAUCCACCAGUUUGGGAGCUUUUUAAAAAACUGCUUUCACCGGGAUUAUCGUGCCCUAUGGAGUGUACAUGAACAUUGGUCGGAUAGGGUUUCCAAACGGGGAGGCGAUGUGGGGAGCAGGGAGGAGGCGCGGGGUCCAGCCCUGAGGAGGCGUCCUGCGGCUGGGAGGAGCACGGCCCUCCUGUGGCCCUCCUGCGGCGCUCCGGGACGCUCCUACUAAGAUGUCCCUCAGCAGCGGCCCUGCAGGCGGGAAAGGUGUGGACUCCAACGCGGUGGACACGUACGACAGCGGCGAUGAGUGGGAUAUCGGUGUCGGUAAUCUGAUCAUUGACCUGGACGCCGACCUGGAGAAGGACAAGCUGGAGAUGUCGGGCAGUAAGGAGGGCGGGGCCAUGGCCGCCCCACCCAGUGCUGUGGCUGCCUUACCAGACAAUAUCAAGUUUGUCAGCCCUGUGGCUGCUGCAUCGCAGGGCAAGGAAAGCAAAUCCAAAUCAAAGCGUAGUAAAAACUCUAAGGACAGUGUUAAGGCCCCGGCCUCGGACGGAGCCAAGAAGGAGGUUCAGGGUCGGGCCCCUGGGGAACCGCCGUCCCCAAACCCCAACUCCGCCCCUGCUAAGGGAGCUGAAAAGACUAGCAAACCGUCCCGUGCCCUCCCAGCCGUAAAGAAGGAGAAGGAGGGUACAGGGAAAACUAAGAAGGAGAAAAUGGAGGUAGUGGCCACAGGAGUGGUAAACGCAGAGAAGGAGUCCGGGGCCCCUGUCCUGCCGCUGGGGGCCCCGCGCAGCUGCACGUUUGAGGGCCAACAAAACCCAGAGCUGGCUGCGGCCGAGCAGCUUGGGAAUAUUGUUCUGGACUCUGCAGGGAUUGGCCAGCCUGUCGCCAUGACGACAGAACCAGACGAGGUGGACAGCGGCGAAUGCCGAAAUCUGAAGAAAGUCGGCAGUGAGAAGAUGGAGUCUCCGGUCUCGACUCCCGCUCCUCCUCCUCUGCACCUCCUGGCUCCCAUCGCCAACAGCGACAUCUCGUCUCCCUGCGAGCAGAUCAUGGUCCGCACGCGCUCGGUGGCGGUGAACACGGCGGACGCGGCGCUGGCGACGGAGCCGGAGUGCCUGGGCCCGUGCGAGCCGGGCACCAGCGUCAACCUGGAGGGCAUCGUGUGGCAGGAGACGGAGGACGGCAUGCUGGUUGUCAACGUCACCUGGAGAAACAAGACGUAUGUGGGAACCCUGCUGGACUGCACGAGACAUGACUGGGCCCCACCGCGGUUCUGUGAGUCUCCCACCAGCGACGUAGAGAUGCGUAGCGGUCGCGGUCGGGGGAAGCGGAUGCGUCCGAGCAGCAACACGCCGCUCAACGACAACAGCAACUCGUCGGACAACAAAGCGAGCGGCAGCAGCAAGACGCGCGGCGCCGCCAGCAGCAGCAAGGGCCGGCGAGGCAGCCAGACGACCGGCGGCGCCGAGGACGCCAAGGCCAGCCCGUCAUCCGCCAAGAGGAAGACCAAGCCGGCCUCCGACAUGGAGCCCACCUCCAGCUCUGAGGACACUAAGGCCUCCAAACGCAUGAGGACCAACUCAAAUAACUCCAGUGGCGCUCCGACCCUCCCCGCCGGGAAGUCCGACCCCCUGCCCCCCCCACAGCUCGACCGCACCUGCCCCUCCCCCGUCCUCAUUGACUGCCCCCACCCCAACUGCAACAAGAAGUACAAGCACAUCAACGGGCUGAAGUACCACCAGGCGCGCGCCCACAACGACCACGACGUCCGAUUGGACCAGGACGGGGACAGCGAGUACGGCGACGACUCUGGCCUCCAUCCUGACCCCGCCUCCUGUAACGGCGCUGCCAUCUCCCCGGCCCGCUCGGCCACACCCAAGGGACGGGGCUUUGAUGUCCAGAGCCCGUCCCCCUCGUCAGGGAAACUGGUGUCAAAGCAGGGGAAGAAGAAGGCUGGGGAGGCGGAACCGGAUGUGACGGAUGGCGGGGAGGAGGCGGCGUGUCUGACAGAUGAGGCCAGUAACGACGGGAUGGAUGAUCGGAAGAGCAAGAAGAUGGUAGCCGGCGCCAAGCCCGAUAAACUGAGCCAGAAGGGCUUGAAGCCGGCCCGGCCCAUCGCACCCGCCGCCGCCGCCUCCCCGUACGCCCUGCAGGCCUCUUCCCCCGCGCUCGGCUCCGUGGUGCAGUCCGUCCCCAAGAGCCCACAGCUGAAGAGCAUCCAGCCCAAACCACCGCCGCUGGCUGACCCCGCCUCCAGCCCGGCCCUUGCCAAGGACAAGAAGAAAAAGGAGAAGAAGAAGCGGGAGGGGGGGAAGGAAGGGGACAGCCCCAAGGCCCUGGGGAAAGGGGGCCGGCCAGAGGAGGGGAGGAGCCCCUACUCAGAGCCACCGGACGCUUUACUCAAUGGCGCCACGGAAGCUCACCAGAGCCGGCUGGCCAGCAUCAAGGCAGAGGCCGACAAGGUGUACAGCUUCUCGGACAACGCGCCCAGCCCGUCCAUCGGUGUGUCCAGCCGGAUGGAGGCCGGCCACGCCCCCCCUCUGCACCUCAACCAGAACGGGGCCGACAACGCGUCCGUCAAAACCGGAAGCCCCGCUUACUCUGACAUCUCCGACGCCGGGGAGGACGGGGAGGGACGGGCGGAGUCGAGGGCAGAGGGGGCAAAGGGAGUGAAGCCGGAGCCUGAUCAAGGCCCCCGCGAGGCAGCCAAAAAGGCGCUGUUCCCUCCGCAGGCCCCCAGCAAGGACUCGCCUUACUACCCCACCUACGACUCCUACUACUCCCCAAGCUACACCAACCCCAGCCCGGGCACGGCGGCGGCGGCGGCGCUGCCUCAUGUGGAGGGAGCACAGGUGAAGGUGAAGAAGGAGGAGGAGCAGGAGGUGGGUGAGGAGGCCAAAGUGAAGGUGGAGCCUCAGGAGGAGAGGAAAGUGGAGCCGGGGCCUCAGCAGCCGUCAGUCAUCCAGCAGCGCUCCAACAUGUACAUGCAGCCUCUGUACUACAACCAGUACUAUGUCCCAUCCUACUCCUACCCCUCCGACCAGGCCUACCACGCCCACCUGCUGGCCUCCAGCCCCGCCUACCGCCAGCAGUACGAGGAGAGGCAAAGGCAGGCCGACAAGAAGGCGGAGGCCAAGGACAGGGAAGCCUCUGGAAAGGAGGAGUGGAAACAGAAGGCAGCGGUGCCCCCGACGCUUUCCAAGGCCCCCAGCCUGACCGACCUGGGCGGCAAGGCGGGGCCCAACCAGGCCAAGUCCAAAGAGCCCGGCCCCGUCCCUGAACAGGCCAAGUCCGUCAUUAUGCCGAAGGGAGAGGACACCAAGGCCGCCGCCCCCCAGCCUGAGGGGCUGAGGAUGAAGCUGAGCGAAGCGGGACAUCACGGCAAGGAGGAAGUGAAGGCGGCGGCGGCAGAGCCAGGCAGGCCGUCCAGCAUGGAGGCCGCCAUGUGGUACAGACAGGAGCCGGAUGCACGUCUGUGGCCCUAUGUCUACCCUAACAAAUACCCAGAAGCCCCCAAACCGCAGGAGGACGACAGGUGGAAGGAGGACAGGGAGCGAGAGCGCGACAGGAAGGGGAAGGAGGAGAGGCCGCGGCCGAAGGACAGCCUGCAGAAAGAGGAGGGCAAGGAGGGGGUGGAGGUCAGGACUCAGCAAGUCUCAGAGGAGCAGCGGGGGGCCGUGAAGGAGGCGCGCACCUCCCAUGUUCAGUUCUCCUCCCCGCUGCCGCAGCACCAGGGCUACAUGCCCUACAUGCACGGAGCCUACGCUUACAGCCAGGGCUACGAGCCCAGCCACCCCGGCUACCGAGGCAUGCCCUCCGUCAUGAUGCAGAACUACCCGGGCUCGUACCUGUCGAGCGGCUUCUCCUACUCGUACGGAGGGAAGGCGGCGGCGGGGGAGGAGAGCGAGAAGCCGUCGAGGUCCAGUCCCACUGUGAAGCCACCGGGCGAGGCCAAAGCACUGGAGCUCCUGCAGCAGCACGCCAGCCAGUACAAGAGCAAGUCGCCCUCCAUCCAGGACAAGAGCCACGACCGAGAGAGAGACCGAGACCGAGAGAGAGACAGGGACAGGGACAGAGACAGAGACAGGGAGAGGGAGGCCGACCGGCCACGAUCCUCGCCUUCCCAACGCAUCCUGCCUUCCCAUCAUCACCUGGGGUACCCGCUGCUGUCCGGACAGUAUGACCUGUCCUACAACUCAGGCCUCUCCUCCUCCGCCAUCGUCGCCAGUCAGCAAGCCUCCGCCCCGUCCAUGUACCCCCCUGCACGGAGGUGAGAAUGGCACACCUGAUUGGCUGAUCUCCAACCUCCCCGGAGUCAUGUGACCGGAUCACAUGAGGAAGCGUUUUCUGUUUUCAACAUCAGUUCAAUGGUGUUUGUGUACGUUUGAUUUCUCUGCCUGGACGUCCGGCCUGCCGUUCCGUCCCCUCGCUUGGGACCGCAGGGACUCCAGGAGGGUUGAAGGCCUGGUUCUACUGGUGCUACUGGUUCUGAUGGUUCUGCUGGUUCUGCUGGUUCUGGCUGGUACCGACGGCUCGUUGGUGCUCGGGCCGCGGAGGGAGCUUUGGUUCGGUUCAGCGACCGGGGACAGAGUGAACCUGCUGUUUGGAGAAACGUUCAGAUGCUCCUGGCGGUGGGCGGUGCCAAGCUCUGUUGUUGUUGAGUUUUUGGCGGCAGGUGGAGGGGGAGGGGGAGGGGGCGGGGCUCCGUGUUCUGUUCUGCUGUGUUUGUGGAACCCGAAGGACAUGGCACUCACUUCCUGUCUCUAAACAAACUUUUUAUUUUGUGUCGUUUUAUGGCACGCUGUCUCGCUUCGUUUUCUUCGAUCAUCACAUGACCUCCGCGUUGCCCCGCCCCCCCCUCAGACUCUAGUUACAGUGACCUCUGACCUCUCUGAGGACCGGUGACAGCAACUCAAGCCCUGGACUCUGCAGGAAGUUGCCACACCUUCGCUUGGUCGCGGCUCGGCUUCACGGGAAACACGCCGCGGAAACGAGAGGAGGUUGGACCAAUCAGAGGGCAGCGUUGUGGCCGACGCUACAUCCAGAAGCUUCUCAGCUCUGAUGCGACUCCACAGACGGACAGAUGGACUUCUCCUCCUGCAGGAGGCUGCGCUGGGCUGGAGGAGAGGAGCUCCUCAGUGUGUAUCUGUACUGUACUGUGUGUAUGUAUGUAUGUAUGUGUAUGUGUGUGCGUGUGUGUAUGCCUGCGUGUGUGUGUGUGUGUGUGUGUGUGUGUGUAAAUACUGUACAGAGGAAUUAUUUUAAAGAGCCUGUUGGAUGCUGUUGGAUUUCCUACUCUUCUUUUUGUCUGGUAGCCUCUGCUCUGUUUUUCUACUGUUGUUGAUCUGAUAUUAAACCUGUAGCUGGUGGAACGGCA